AUGAUGCGCUUACUCUACCAGGACGAUGGAUCAAGAUACAAGUUCACAUCUGAUUCUUGUUCCGACAUACCUCCAUAUGCGAUACUUUCUCACACUUGGGGAACGGAUGAGAUCAAGUUUGCCGACAUAAUUGAAUCAGAGGGAGAAGGCACUUGGCAGAAUAGGGCCGCCUACAGGAAAAUCAAAUUCUGUGCAGAUCAAGCGAGACAACAUGGAUUGCAACACUUUUGGAUUGAUACAUGCUGUGUCGACAAGCUUGCUUACGUCGAACUUCAAAAUGCCAUCAAUAGCAUGUUCCGGUGGUACCGUGAUGCAAGCCGUUGUUAUGUUUACCUUGACGAUGUUUCGAAACAAGAGUCGCCAAUGCCGCAUACAAAGCGAGAAGCUGCACCAUGGGAGAUUGCCUUUCGGAACAGUAGAUGGUUCACUCGUGGAUGGACGCUGCAAGAGCUACUUGCCCCGAAGAAGGUUGAUUUCUAUUCGCGAGAAGGGAUAUGGAUAGGCGACAAGCAGUCGUUGGAGUCGCUAAUAUGCGACAUCACUCAUAUUCCUGCGCGCGCCCUCCGUGGCACACCGCUAUGCAAAUUCUCUCUUUCCGAACGAGAAUCAUGGAUACGUAAUCGUCGGACGAAGUAUGAAGAGGACAUGGCGUAUUCUCUGCUUGGCAUAUUCGAUGUUUAUCUGCCGCUGAUCUACGGAGAGGGCAAAACGAACGCGAUGAGACGGCUACGAGAAGAAAUUGAGAAAACCAAAUUCCAGAAAGGCGAGAUUGUGCCUAGAAGAAUUCGAAACAAUAUGCUGGAAAGAUCACCCUGCAUAAGCUGCAGACAACAUUCAUCCGCAGUAUCUGGGCCUUACGAAAAAUAUGUUUGCACCUCGAGGGAAAGAGAAUUGAAAGAAAUACAUAGGAUAUUGGCGCCUAGUGAUACCCACCGUGUCGUCGUUCUGCAUGGUCGGGGAGGCGUCGGUAAGACACAUGUUGCCAUGUCAUAUGCAAAGCGCUACCAAAAUCAUUAUGACGAUGUCUUCUUUGUCAAUAUGAAGAAUACUGCCUCGAUCCAACAGAGCUUCACAAACGUUGCUCGGCAGAUCAUUCGGCGAAAUCCUGGUUCCAACUACCUUGGAUCCCUCAACUUGCAGCACGAACAUCAAGAUGUCGUCGAGGCUGUCAAGAUGUGGUUUAGCCUUCCGGGUAACACGAAUUGGUUACUUAUAUUCGACAACUACGGCAAUGCAUGUUCCAACAGUCAUGCAGACGAUCUGGACAUGGAUAUUCGCAAUCACAUUCCGCUGGCAAAUCGAGGCUCUAUUAUCAUUACGACACGUAUACCAAAGAUAAAUAUAGGUUAUUCGAUUUCAAUCAAUAAGCUCGAGUCAAUCGGCGAGGCUGUUGAGAUUCUCUCUGUUACCUCUGGUCGAGAAGAUCUACAAGAUGGUGAGUUCUCCCCAGCGUAUUGGGCAAUACUGAUUGUCAUCAAAGACAAGUAUGUGGCUUGCCUCUUGGAGAGGCUUGGGAAGUUUCCUCUUGCCAUUUCUACAGCUGGAUCGUACCUACGACACAAUUCAAUAACGAUCGCUGAGUACCUUCUCCUUCUUGAAAAGCGGCUUUCAUCAAGCGUUUCGCGACUAGAUUCACACCAAGAUCGCGCGCUACAUGCCGUGUGGAAUCUGUCAUACGAGAAAGUCCAGAUUCAAAGCCCUGUUGCAGCUCACUUGCUGCAAUUGUACGCCUACUUUGACAACGACGACCUAUGGUUCGAACUCGUCCGGUCCUGUGCUCAACAGAAAGGCCUAGCGUGGGUCUAUGAAUUGGAUGACGAGUUAACAUUCAAUAUGGCGAUGGAUACGUUGCAUGCGUAUAGACUUGUCGAGCUGCAGACCUCGAAUUCAUGGCUAACAGACUCUAAUACAUAUCGCAUCCACAACUCUUUGCAUGAUUGGAUCGCCCAAACGCUGUUAUCAAAUGCGGAUGGACGACUGAGUCCGCUUGCACUGAAAUGUAUAGCGGCGAAUAUCACAACGCAGAACAACUUUGACUCAUGGCUACUCCAACGACGACUUCUUUCUCAUGCAAUACGAGCUUAUGCUAGCCUGCGAGAGGAUAACGACGACUUGAACUGGGCCUUGCACAGAAUUGGGGUCUUGUACGCCUACCAUGACAGACAGAAAGAGGCCGAGGCCAUCUUUAUGCGGGUGAUUCAGGGAUAUGAAAAGAUACUGGGGCCGGAUCAUGCAGAAACCUUUGACGUGGUGAACAGCCUCGGUGUAUUGUACGCCAACCAGGGCAAGGUUCAAGAGGCCGAAUGCAUGUACAAUCGCGCGCUCCGAGGGUAUGAAGCGGCCUGGGGCCCAGACCACACAGAAACUCUGAGAAUGGUUUACAAUCUAGGCCUCCUCUAUACUAACCAGGGCCUACUGGGAAAGGCGCUGGGCAUGUUCGGGCGAGCGCUCCGAGGGUACGAACGAGCCAUGGGUCAUGUUCAGGCGAUGAAUUCCUGUCCUGCGAUCCGCGCAACGUGGAAUCUGCAACCAUUGCUGUCCGGCCAGAAUCAGCCAGCCGAAAUCAGGAAAUACUGCCAGCGUGCUUACGACUAUGUUCAGGCGCUCACUGGCCCAGCGUGUGAAGAUUUCCAAUCAUUCAAGGACACUCUAUUGGAACUGGAUCAGCCCAGGUCAGGUAAGUCAAUUUGUUAUACUAGGUUCCUUGUAGCCAAAUGUUGA